AUGGCAGAGAUUGCCGUCACCUCAGUCAUCGACAAGUUGGUGUCUUUGGUAGAUGAAGAAGCCAGAUUGUUGGGAGGUGUCCACAGUCAAUUUGAAGACAUCAAAACUGAGCUGCUGUAUAUUGAAGCUUUCCUUAAGGAUGCAGAUGCAAAGGCCGAUAAGGGAGACAUCAGCCAUGGCCUUAAAACUUGGAUCCAAGACUUGAGGAAGACUGCUUACUCCAUGGAAGAUCUCAUUGAUGAAUACUUGCUUCACUUUGCAAAUCCAAAUCACCGGCAUGGAUUCUUUGGUUUCCUCUGCAAAGUUGCUCGCUCCAUACAAAAACUGAAACCACGCCAUGAGAUCGCCUCCAAGAUCCGGGAUAUCAAGAAAAAGGUUGGUAAACUGAAGGAAACAAGUUCGAGUUACGUCUUCAUUAGUUCUAUUGAGCCAAGAUCAAGCAGCAGUUCUGCAAGUGCUCCAUGGCAUGACCAGCGGGUGACUUCUCUUUUCCUGGACGAAACUGAAAUUGUUGGUAUUGAACCUCUGAGAAAUGAACUGAUAAGCCGGCUGGUAGAGGGAAAUCCCAAACGAACUGUAAUUUCCGUGGUCGGCAUGGGUGGACUUGGCAAGACGACUUUCGCCAAAAAAGUUUACGACAACCAGAGAGUGGUGGGACACUUCGAUUGCCAUGCUUGGGUCACUGUGUCUCAAUCAUUCAAGAUGGAGGAGCUACUACGGAACAUGACAAAGAAAUUCUAUCAGGGAAGAAAGGAAGCAGGUCCUGAGGGUAUCGAUACAAUAGACGAGAUGUCACUGAUUGCCUUGAUCAGGCAGUAUUUACAAGAUAAAAGGUAUGUGGUUGUUUUUGAUGAUGUAUGGAAACUAGAUUUCUGGGGAUUUAUUAAAUAUGUUUUACCAGAAAAUGGGAAGGGCAGUAGGAUAAUAAUCACUACACGUAAUGAUGAGGUAGCCUCUUCUUGCAAAGAGUCGUCAUUUGAUUACAUCCACAAGCUGCAACCCCUGUCCCCAAAGAGUUCCUGGGAACUCUUUUGCAAGAAGACAUUCCAGGGUGGAUGUCCCCCAGAAUUGGAGAAACUGUCUCUUGAUAUUGUCAAAAGAUGUGGAGGAUUGCCACUAGCGAUUGUGGCAAUAGGUGGUCUUUUGUCAAGAAAACAGAAUGAGUCCGAGUGGAAAAAUUUUAGUGACAACCUUGGGUCCGAGUUAGAAAGCAAUUCCCGUCUUCAACCUAUAAAUACAAUCCUCUCCCUCAGUUAUCAUGAUCUACCUUACUACCUUAAGUCCUGUUUCUUAUACUUGACCAUUUUUCCAGAGGACUACACAAUUAAAUGUACCAAACUGACUCGGCUGUGGAUAGCUGAGGGGUUUGUAAAAGCUAAGAAGGGUGUGACAAUGGAAGAGCUUGCAGAGGAAUUCUUGACUGAGCUGAUCAAUAGGAGCUUAGUUCAAGUGUCAGACGUAGAUUUGGAAGGAAAAAUUAGAAGCUGCCAUAUCCAUGACUUGAUGCGUGAGAUGAUUCUCAAAAUGGCUGAGGAAAUGAGUUUUUGUCGUGUUUUGGCUGGAGAAGGCUCAAGUUUUGACGGAAAAUCUCGUCGAAUAUCAGUCCCUAACAGCACAAAUAAUAUUCUAGACACCAUUGAUAAAAACUCAUAUGUUCGCUCCAUUUUUCUCUUCAAUUCUGAGAUGAUUUUCACUAGUACAUUGGCUUCAAAAUGUAAGCUUGUGAAGGUAUUGGAUUUUAAAGAUGCCCCUCUUGAGAGUGUUCCUGAAGAUUUGGGUAAUCUAUUUCAUCUGAAGUUCUUAAGCCUGAGAAAGACCAAAGUCAAGAUGCUUCCAAAGUCUAUAGGAGUGCAUGUAAAGGAAGGGAUUGGCUGCUUGGAAGACUUGCAGAAGCUGUGUUUUGUGGAGGGCAAUCAAGGGACAGAUGUAAUUAAAGAGCUUGGAAAGCUAAGGCAAUUGAGAAAGCUGGGGAUUACAAAACUUACUAGAGAAAAUGGGCAGCCUUUAUGUGCCUCCAUUAUGAAAAUGAACCACCUUAAAUCUUUGUCAAUCUCUUCAUCAACCGAAGAUGAGAUUCUUGAUUUGCAGCACGUAUCGGAUCCUCCACCAUGCCUUUCACGUCUUGAGUUGUAUGGACGUUUAGACAAGCUACCUGACUGGAUUUCUAAACUUAAAAGUCUAGUGAAGUUAGGUUUAUGGAAGUCAAGACUAAGCCACGAUCCAAUGGGAGUCCUCGGAGCCCAGCUGCCUAAUCUGCUGGAGCUCGAGCUCCUCCAAACGCAUGCGGUCGAGCAAUUGUGUUUUGAAGCAAUAGGAUUUCAGAAACUUAAGGUCCUCCGUAUCUGUGAUUUGAUAGAGCUGAAGAAAGUGAAAAUAGAGAAUGGGGCAUUGCCUCAGGUUGAAGAGCUUGAAAUUGGGCCUAGUCCACAGCUGGAAGAGGUGCCCCAUGGCAUCUACUACCUCAGGAAACUUAAAACUCUUGCAUUUCGUGAUAUGCAGGAAGAAUUUGAACUAAGUAUGCUACCCUACAGAGGAAGAAAUUAUGAUAUAGUUGAGCAUAUCCCAAAUGUCUUUUUCUAUCAGAGGCUUUCAGGACAACAUUACGCGGUUCAGAGUCUACGACAACUAGCUGAAACCAUCCCCAGAGUCAAUUGCUAG